AUGGAAGACGAACUUCAAGCUCUCCAUGACAAUCACACUUGGGAACUAGUUCCCCGACUUUCCGAUAUCAAUAUCGUCGGAUCAAAAUGGGUGUAUCGUAUAAACAAGGCUGAUUCUUCACUCUUUAUUUACCGUGACAACAAUUUCACUACUAUCCUACUUAUCUAUGUAGAUGACAUUUUUGUUGCUGGUAACAAUGACACAUUCAUUACAAAUUUACUUACUCAACUUGGUCAUGAAUUUGUAAUUAAGGAUCUCGGUUCACUUCUUUAUUUUCUUGGUGUGGAAAUUCGGCCUUUCUCUAGUGGUAUUUUUCUAUCUCAGAAGAAGUAUAUACAUGAUCUUUUUACUCGAACAAAAAUGCUUGACAGCUCUCCCAUAGCUACACCGAUGAUCAUUAAAGAAAAGUCAGCCUAUUCUAAUGUCGAUCAAAUUGAUACCACUGUUUAUCGUAGCAUCGUUGGUGCUUUGCAAUACUUGACCUUCACAAGACCCGACAUUAUUCAUGUAGUCAAUCGGGUAUGUCAGCAUUUUAACAAUCCAACUUUAGUUCACAUAAAGGCAGUUAAGCGAAUCCUACAGUAUCUUAAAGGAACUCAACAUUUUGGGCUAUGUUAUCUUUCUCAAAGUUCUUCAUCUUUGUAUGGUUCUAGCGAUGUCGACUGGGCUGGAUGUCCAAUUACAAGGAGAAGUACUACGGGGUUUUGUGUCUUCUUUGGUGCAAACUGUGUUUCAUGGUGUUCAAAGAAGCAACCGACGGUUGCUCGAUCUAGUUCGGAGAAAUCACUUGGUUAA